GGAGAUAGAUGCUUGUAUUGUAGAGAGAGAAAGAAAGGUUUCUAGAGAGAGAACAUGGAGGUGAAUUCAAGAACAAAAGAAGACUUUCAUAUUAUUCAUAAAGUUCCAUACGGUGAUGGCCCUUAUGUAAAAGCUAAACAUGCUCAGCUUGUAGAAAGGGAUCAAGAGGGUGCAAUAGUGUGGUUUUGGAAGGCGAUAAAUGCAGGAGAUAGAGUGGAAAGUGCCUUAAAAGACAUGGCAGUUGUAAUGAAACAACUGGAUAGAACUGAAGAAGCCAUUGAAGCCAUCAAGUCAUUUAGGUGCCUAUGCCCAAAAAGUUCACAAGAAUCCCUUGAUAAUGUUCUCAUUGAUUUAUUCAAGAAAUGUGGAAAAGUAGAUGAACAAAUAGCAUUGUUAAAGCAAAAGCUUAGAAUGAUUUAUAGAGGAGAAGUGUUUAAUGGGAAACCAACAAAGACUGCUAGAUCUCAUGGCAAGAAGUUCCAAGUUUCUGUCAGACAAGAAACUUCUAGAAUUCUGGGAAACUUGGGAUGGGCCUACAUGCAAAAAAACAACUUCCUGGCAGCUGAGGUGGUUUACAAGAAAGCCCAAAUGAUUGACCCUGAUUCAAAUAAGGCUAACAAUUUGGGCCUUUGCUUAAUUAAACAAACCCGAUACAAUGAAGCCCGUUCGGUCCUUCAACAAGUUGUCAAUGGUGAGAUCCCGGGAUCCGACGACAUUAAGGCCCGAAACAAGGCCCAAGAACUAUUGAUGGAGACCGAGAAGUGGCGGCCAACAUCAGAGUUCUUACCGGGCUUCCCCGGACUGGACUUAGAUGAAGACUUUGUUAAUGGGCUUGAAAAGCUGAUGAAUGUAUGGGCACCCAAUAGAUCAAAAAGAUUGCCCAUAUUUGAACAAAUUGAAAAUUUUAGGGACCAAAUAACUUGUUAAUUUUCUUUCAAAAAAUAGCGUGCUAAAAGUUUAAAAUCUAUAAAUUUGGGAUUUGUAAAGUGUGAUAAUAAGAGAGAAAGAGCUCAAGUUGUAAAGCUAUUAGGGCAAAUAGUUGAUGAUCAAUACAUUGUGGCUCUGAACUCAAUUUUUAAUCUUCUUUUGAUGUAAAAAAAACUACUUGUACAAAAUUUUAUAUAAAAUCGUUUGCCUAUGCUCAUAAAA